CGGUGGCUAGAUUUUCGGCGGUGUAAACGGGGCUGAUCGUGAGAGACAAAGAAAAAAAGAAGGAAGUUUCGCCGGCGGGGCAAAAACGUUGAUCCUUUGGCCAUUACAGCUGGCGAUGGUUGGCAGUUGUUGUUGUUGAUGUUGGUGGUGGUAGCGAUGUAAUUGUACAACACACUUUAACGUGAGCUCAACUACAAAAAAUUUACCACUUUUUGCCACGUGUUCUCCUCCAUGACACGCCGCGUGUCAGGUUGUUCAACUCUUGGUUGGACUUCAACUUGGACUUGGGGAGUCUCUUGGACCCCCGCCCCACACACAAACACUGUAACACCCUUCCUUCUGUUUCCCUUCUCUUGCCUUGCUUUGCUUGCUCUCACUGCUUUUAGUUUUAUUGAUGAUCAGACAGAUAAAGACCCCCACCCCCCAUUUACUACCCCUCCAAUCCAGCUUUUUUUUUGCCUUCAAUUCCUUCACCCAUUUCUUGAGAAAUUACUCAAAGCCAUCUCUCUCUCUCUCUCUCUCUCUCUCUCUCUCUUGCAUUAUUAAUUUCCACACUCCAUAUUACAUACAUAUAUAUUAUAAUAAUAAUAAUAAAUAGUACUUGCACUGUGUGAUCUUUGAAUAAUAUAGAGCUGGAUUCGAGGACUUCUUUUUUCAGGUUUCAGCUUCUCUGGGGUAAAGGGACAGACCCAAAAUGCAAGGCAAAAUAAAAGGUGGAGAAAUAUAUAUAGUAAUCAUGGAGAGGAGGAAAGAAAGGUUAAAUUUUUUCUUUUAUUUUUAUGGUCUCUCUCUGCAAGUUCUGAGAUGAAUUCACGUGAAGUAUACGCUGUAAUGUCCGUGAGUUUUGCGAGCAAAGAGUCCGAGAAACGAUGUCUCUGAAACCUCAACCACACCACCACCAUAUUGGGUGCCUCCAUUUCAUGGAUUCUCAAAAGCUUAAUCGCCAUUGGAGCUUUUCUUAUUCCUAUUUUCAGAGUUCUGGAAUUGGGUCUCUCUCUCUCUCUCUCUUUUCUCUCCCUUUCACUCCCAAAGUUCUUGAAAAUGAGCUAGCUAGUCAAAAGAGAAUGUUUUAAAGAUCUGGAAAUGGCGGAUUUUUUAUGGAUGGAGAUGUUUCUGCAUUUUGGGUAUUUUAGGCUUGGUUUUUUCUAGCAUAGUUAUAGAUCUUCAAGAUCUGGGUUUGUGAAAAAAGAGUGUAAUAUCCAGGUAGUAAAAUAAAGCUACCGCCAAAACAGCAAAACCCAGAGAUAGAAAAAUAAAAGCAGAGAUAAAGAGCCAAAAAAAAAAAAAGUGAUCUUUUUUUUUGGCUCUUCUAGUUUGUUUACCAAAGAUUCUCCUAUUCUUCAAAGAUUCCUAAACUCUCAUUGAAAUUUUUUUUUUUUUUUUUUUUUUCACUUUCCUGAUCUCAUGUCACUGUUUAUGGUAAUCACACCAAACAGAUCAAACCUUUCAUCAUCUGAAAACAAAACUACUUCAAUCCCCUAAAUCUAUUGAAAGAUUCUUUGUAUUUAUUUCUCUGAUGGAACAGCUUGUUGGGGUUGUACAUUCAAGGUACUACUAUUCUCACUUUUUCUGGGUGCUAAUGGUUUUCUCUGUAGUUUCUUCUUCUUUUCCUAUGGUCCAAUCGGGGGAUUUAGAAGCUCUUCUGAGCUUGAAAUCCACAAUCGAUCCAUUAAACUCUCUUCCAUGGAAUGGAAACGAGGUUUGUCAAUGGAAAGGAGUGAAAGAAUGCAUGAAUGGGAGGGUCUCAAAGCUUGUGUUGGAGUAUUUGAACUUGACUGGCAUUUUGCAAGGGAAAAUCUUGAACCAGUUGGAUCAACUCCGAGUGCUCAGCUUCAAAGGAAACUCCAUUUCCGGCCAAGUCCCUGAUCUUUCCGGCUUAAUUAACCUGAAAUCUCUCUUCCUCAACGAUAACAAUUUCUCCGGUGAGUUUCCCACUUCUCUAACAGAACUUCACCGCUUGAAAGUCAUCGUACUCGCCGGAAACCGUAUUUCAGGCCAUAUUCCGGUGUCUCUGCUCAAGCUUCGCCGUUUAUACGUACUCUACUUGCAAGACAACUUGCUAACCGGAAAAAUCCCACCUUUGAACCAGACCAGUCUCCGAUUCUUCAAUGUUUCUAAUAACAAACUCUCCGGCGAGAUUCCGGUGACCUCAUCUCUGGUUCGGUUCAAUACUUCAUCAUUCGCCGGAAAUGGAGGACUCUGCGGCGAACAGGUUCACGUUCCGUGCAAAAGCGGUAUUGGGUUUCCAUUUCCUCCAUCAAUGAGUCCCUUAGAACCUCCACUGUCGAGCUCCAAAAGCUCCUCAAACCGUUCAAAAUUGAUCAAGAUCAUCGCUGGAAGCGUAGGUGGGUUUGUUCUCAUUCUCAUCUGCUUACUCCUGCUGUGUCUAUUUUGCCGGAAGAGUGGCCGGAGAGAGGUAUCCGGCGAGGAGAAGAACAAAGGGAUUGCCGGAACAGAGGAAACAGAGAGAGGAGGAGAAGAAGGAGGAGGUGGCAGAACAGGUAAUAAUGGUGGAAAACAAGGCGGGUUUUCCUGGGAAGGAGAGGGAUUAGGGAGUUUGGUGUUCUGCGGAGCAGGGGAUCAGCAAAUGAGUUAUAGCUUAGAAGAUUUGCUCAAGGCUUCGGCGGAGACAUUAGGGAGGGGUAUUAUGGGAAGUACAUAUAAAGCUGUGAUGGAGUCCGGAUUUAUUGUAACGGUGAAGAGGCUUAAGGACGCUAGAUAUCCACCGUUGGAUGAAUUCAGGAGACAGAUGGACGUUCUUGGUAAGCUCAGGCACCCUAAUCUGGUCCCACUCAGGGCUUAUUUCCAGGCUAAAGAGGAACGUCUUCUUGUAUAUGAUUACUUCCCCAAUGGCAGCCUUUUCUCUCUUAUUCAUGGUUCAAGAACUACAGGAGGUGGAAAGCCUCUUCACUGGACAUCAUGCCUUAAAAUAGCUGAGGACUUAGGGAGUGGUUUGCUCUACAUCCACCAGAACCCUGGCUUAACUCAUGGAAACUUGAAAUCCUCGAACGUCUUAUUAGGUUCCGAUUUUGAGUCCUGCUUAACAGAUUAUGGUCUCACUUCGUUCCGAGAUCCUGAUUCACUAGAAGAACCUAGUGCAACAUCUCUAUUCUAUAGAGCCCCCGAAUGUCGUGACAUAAGAAGACCAUCCACUCAACCAGCCGAUGUAUACAGCUUUGGUGUCCUCAUAUUGGAGCUCCUAACAGGGAAAACUCCAUUCCAAGACCUUGUUCAAGAACAUGGUUCGGAUAUUCCUAGGUGGGUUCGAUCAGUUCGUGAAGAGGAGACAGAGUCCGGGGAUGAACCUGCCUCGGGCAAUGAGGCAUCAGAGGAGAAACUCCAAGCACUUUUGAACAUAGCAAUGCUCUGUGUCUCACUUGUACCAGAAAAUAGGCCUACGAUGAGAGAGGUCUUGAAAAUGAUAAGAGAUACAAGAUCAGAAGCUCAAGUUUCAUCCAACAGUAGUGAUCACUCUCCAGGAAGAUGGUCAGAUACCGUCCAAAGCUUGCCUAGAGAAGAACAUUUAAGCAUUUGAGUGCUGAAAAAAUUUAUGCUUUACAUUUUUUUUUUUUUUUUCCAAAUUUGAGUCUGAUUCUUCUUCUGUUAGGCAAUUAUAGCCAUUGUAGAGUCUGAGUAGUGUAAAGGGUUUUUGAGAUUUGUAUUCUUAUUCUUCUUGUUACUUGUUAGCCUGCUGAUGAUGAUCAGGUUUCGGACAUCUAGUUUGCAGCCUAUUAGAUUCAACAAAAAUCUGAUAUGAGCUCAGAUUUUCUUUGAUACACUACAUUGAAUUGUUCCCCAUCAUUAAAAAAUAUUGGAACUUUUUGUUUUUGUA